AUGUCUCGACAGUAUUCAACUCAUUCAUUUAUUCCACCUAAUCAUCAUCAUCAUAUAUCAUCAAAUAAUUCAACUAGACGACGAUUUCGUCAAUCAAUACAAAAUAAUUUUUCUUAUUUUCAAUAUCCAUUUCUUCAACGACAAACUUUUGAAUCAAAUCGAGAAAUAAAUAAUACUAAUCAUCAUUCAACAUUACCUUUUAAUCGUAUAUCAACUACAGCAACAAUAUCUCAUCAUAAUAAUCAUACAAAACGUCAACGACGAUCAUCAACUAUUGGUAUAUCAAAUUUUCAAACAAAUCAAUAUUAUCAUGAACGAAAACGUUCAAGACAUUAUGGAAAUGAACGAGAACAUAUAAAUCAUCCAUCGAGACGAAUACAACAAACUAAUCCUACAACUUAUAAUAUUCCUUCUUUUUCUCGUUCAUUUCAUUACAGAUCACAUAAUCAUUCUAUUCAAACACCUCGUUAUUUUCAUCAUGAAUCAAUAUCUUCUUCUAAUACAAAUCGUCAUCAUCAACAUCAUCGAAAUCGAAUGACAUUUGAACCAACAUUAUAUCAUCGAACAUUAAUGACUACUCAUGUACAUCAACAACCUUCGUCUUCUUUUCUUCUUACUAAUUUACUUCAUCGUAUUAUUGAUAAUCAUCAUCCACUAUCAGCAUCAUUUGAUUUGAUUGGUUAUGCAUGGAUGUCUCCUAAUCAUGAAAUAUUUUCUUUACCAACUGCAUUUACUAUUCAUUUUGGUGAUUUUUUCGAUUUAAUUAUUUCUGAUGAAACAUCAGUAGUUGGUUUAACUGAUAGUGAACUUGAAAGAAUACCAACAAUGAUUUAUAAGAAAAUUUGUACAAAUAUUAAAGAUGAUGAUGAUGAUAAAUGUACUAUAUGUUUAAGUGAAUAUAUAACUGAUGAAAAACUUAAACGUUUACGAUGUAAACAUUAUUUUCAUAGUGAAUGUAUUGAUCCAUGGCUUAAGACAUCAACUCGAUGUCCGAUCUGUCGAAAUGAACAGACAAGUUAA